AUUAUGGAAAUUUGUAUAUAAAUGAAUUCGUCAGAAUGAUCUAUUUGAUGUGAUUGAAAUAAUGUAAUUAUUAAUUUCCUUUGAAAACAAUAAAAAAAUUGGUCAAAUUUUGAUUUCUAGUGAUUUAAUUGUAUGAGUAUAGUUGAUUUAAGUGGACGUUCCAUCCGUAUUAUGCUUGUGCUCUGUGUAAUAUUGAUUCUAUAAAAAUCAUGAAUAAAACAGGAAAAACCGCUCAAGAGUUUAUACAAAGCUCUUUUUCGCCUAUAAUUGCAAUUUUGUGUAGUCCAAAGGUUGAUAACAUCGUCUCAAAGAAUAAUUUGUCGUUAGUAGAACUCUUACAACCUUUCGCUAAUUUAGACUGGGAAGGUCAAUUUCGUGAGCCAGGUGGGAGUAUAUGUACUAUCAAGAAUUGGAAAAUUAUUAUUAGAGAUGUGAACUGGAAGCCAGUACAACCAAUGGAAGCUCGAAGGCAGUUAAAUAAUGCUGUAUUAUAUAAUUAUAAUGAAAAAACAAAGUCACUUGAUUUAGAAGGUCAUGCAUUCGAAGUACCACAAUCCACACCAUGGUUUGAUGCUUGGAGGGAAACUUAUCUUGAAGUUCAGUUUCCAUCAGACCAUGAAUUUACGAAACAUUAUUUGGCAUGUAUUAUAGUGGGAACAUCACAAGAAGAAAACAUAAUAGACUGUUUUAAUUCCCUAAAUCAACAAUAUGCCCAAUUGCAGAAUAUCACUCCACCUAAAUUGCCAAAGUGGUUCAACAGUGGAGUUCUUAAAUCUUACCUCUUAUUACAUGACGUGUCAAGUACUAGUAAAGAGAAGGCAGAUACUACAUUUGAAACACUAAAACAAACAUUUGGAGCCAGUAACAGUUUUAUGUUGUCUAUUAAUUCUAAAAGUACCACAGAUCCACACCUCUCAACAGAUUACUGGGCUCAUUGCAUAAAAAGGUCUCAUGAUUUAAAUGCUGAUACUACAACUCCUUUACCAAAUAUGGCAACUACUCCUCUUGAACCUCAAGCCAUUAUAACAUCAUCUAAUAUAACAAUUACAGCAGAUGAUUCCAAUAAUUCCACAACUCAAGAGGUCUCACAUCCUUUGACGACUGCUGAAAAUGAUAUAUAUGACAACGCCAACAGUCUGCAAACUCAUUCAUUUUCUGGUAGCUCAGAAAGUGUCAGUGUUGCUGGUAAAGUAGCAGAUUAUACAUCAGAAGUUCAUGGAGCGGCUUUAAAUGCGAACGACAUAGAGGGAAUUAAAAAGUUUAUGCAAGAAUAUGCAUCCAAAGCACUUUUGCCUUAUUUGGAGAAACAAAUAUCUCAAUUGUCUGAAGUGGUUGCAAACAGAAAAGGGGUCAGUCGAUCAUUAUUUUCUGCAACUAAAAGAUGGUUUGGAACAGGAAAGGGAGGAAACACCACAGUCAAUAAUACUGUAAUAUAUUCAAAUGACUGUCCGGAGCUUCAAUUACGCCGUUUGGGUGAUUUGUGGUUUAUGUGUGGUCAAUGGCAACGCGCUUUUGAUACUUACCACACAGCAAAACGAGAAUUCCAGGCAGACAGUGCUUGGCUUUGUUAUGCUGGUGCACUUGAAAUGGCAGCGAUUAGUGCUUUCAUGGCGGGAGAUUCGAACCGCAAAACUCAAGGUUAUAUGGAAGAUAGUAUUGUUACCUAUUUGAAUACAUGCAGGAUGGUUCAAUAUGCAGUUAGAGCAACAUUGUUGUCUGUGUUGUGUUUAAACAACUCGGGACUUCAUGGCGAAGCAGCUAAACAGUUAAUUCGCAUGACGUCAGAGGAUAGCGACUUGCGCAGCGCUAUGUUACUUGAACAAGCGGCAUUAUGCUUUUUGUCUGGACCUGGUUCUAAAGCAAUGUGCAGAAAAUAUGCUUUUCACAUGGUCCUUUCUGGCCACAGGUUCUCAAAAGCUGGACAAAAGAAACAUGCAUAUCGAAGUUACAAACAAGCUUAUCAGGUUUAUGAAGGGAGCGGGUGGCGGCUGUCGACGGACCACGUUCAGUUCGCUCUGGGGCGGCUGGCGAGCGCGCUGCGGCGGCCCAGCGCCGCCGUGCAGUGGCUGGCGGGUCCGCUGGCGCCGGCCGCUUAUUCCGCUCCCGGGGCCCAGCCCCCACAUCAACAGGACGCCUUCCUACGCGAGUACAUGUUGGCGCAUCAGCAAUGGGUAGAGAGUAGGUCAGAGGGCGGGGCGCGGGCGCUGCCGCUGCCGCUGGUGUGGCGCGCGGCGACGGCGCUGGUGUGCGCGGGCGCGGCGCCGCUGGCGGCGGCCGGCCGCGUGCCCGCCACCUCGCUGCGGCUGCACCGCGCGCCCGACUCCCCCGCCGCUAGCCUUCACUGGUACAAGCUCGAGGAGAUGCUGCUGCAGGUCGCGCAGGGCGCCGUGCCCAUGAUAUUCAAACCCUCCGUCGACUUGUACACCGAGGCCACCGACGCUAAUCCCAUUGUACCACAAGGAGAACCUAUGCAGAUAUCAAUAACAUUACAGAAUCCAUUAAAAAUUUCGUUGUUAUUGAAAGACGCCGAAUUAUUGUGGAAAUUUGUACCAAAUACGGAUGACGCAGAGAAGUAUGAAGAGGAAUUAUUGAGUAAUGAGCCAUUUGUGGCAGCGGGGCAGAACUUUGAUAGUACCAUAAUUUGUGGUCAGAAAAUAAAGGCAGUCCUUUUAGAAGGUGAUUGCACAAAAGCAUUAACAUUUACGGUCACUCCUUUGAAAGUUGGUCAACUCGUUAUACAUGGCUUAGCUUACAAGUUAAUAAAUGCGGGAGAGGGAGGCAAUGGAAACGGGAAUAGCGUGAUGAUAUCAGGAAAAGUUAAUCUAAUGUCUGAUACAAAUACUCUCGACAAAAGGCUGCAUAUAAAUGUUAUCCCAGAAACUCCUUGUUUACAGAUGACAUUCUCAGAGACCUCUAUGGAUGUAAUCAGUGGGGAAAUUAGAGAUAUUGAUGUCGAGUUAAGAAACGUGGGUCCGGUGGAUAUGAAGAAUGUUCACAUAGCUGUUUCUCAUCCAGAGUGUAUUACUCUCGUUAAUGACAAUGUUCCAGAAGACGACUUUAAAGCUUUCUACAUGGAAAAGUAUCAAGAGCUGCCAGUUUAUGCAGAGGAGCGGGUGGGGCGCGUGCAGGCGUGGAGAGCGCGGGCGGCGCGGCACGCGCGGCCUGUGCGGGGCGACGACGACGGCGGCGGCGGUGUCUGCGGCGGCCGCUCCGUCCGCAGCGGGGCCGCGGCGCGCGCGCGCCUGCUGCUGCGGCCACGGGCCUCCGCCCCCGACCUGCUGCUGCUGGCGUACUAUGAGACGGGCGAGCGCGCGCGUCCUUACCGUCUGCUGCGACACGUCUUCCGCUUCCGGGUCACGGAAGCCGUUGAAAUAUCUGUGAUACCCCGACGUAGUCUAAGAACCGUGAGAAACGAAGUCUUCGAGAGCAUGAAUUUAAGUGUGGAUAUUAAAAAUAUAACGCAUGGGAAAGAUGAAAACAUCGCUGUCUCGCUAUUGGAAGCGUCGUUAUUGAGUAGACAAUGGAAAUUGACUGAUAUAACCGCGGCGAACGAAAGCGAUGAUUCGCUCACCGCCCACGAAAGACUUCACAUAAUUUUUAAAGCUCAAAGAAUGUCGGAAGAAUUACCUGAAGGAAAAGUAGAUUUUACAUGUCUGAAGAUUGCUAAACAUCAUCUAAAAACUGUGGCAAAUGUUAAUACCGUUCCAUAUUCCAAAUUUGUUUUAGACACAAGAUCAUCUCUACUUGAAACAACCACUCAAGACUUUAGCAAUAAAAAAUCUGGUCUUAUUCAGUCUAUGCUAAUUAUUAGAUGGGUGGCCAUAGACAAAGACAAGCAACAAUCAGCUAUUGGACAACACUGUGUGUGGCUGGACUGCUUUACAAAAGCCUCAUCACAGGAAAAGGAAAUAUUAACGCAGGAAAUACCUUCCUUGCAACUGGAAGAAUAUGACAGCAAAACUGAUUCUAUACACAUUAAAAGGAAAAGUAGAAAAGAUAAUGUAGUACUGUAUAAAUUGGAACACACUAAUUUAAUUGAGCACAACUUUCAUCAGAAAAAGCUAUGUUUGAUCCCAAUAACUAUAAAUAUCGUCAAUUGCUAUGGCGUCCCAGUAGACGUAUUCAUUGAUAUGACACAACAGCAAAGCAGGGAUUCGUUCGGAGAACUCGGGUGGGCGGGCACGCUUCACCAGGGUGUAGUCGCUGAGAGCCUCAAUGGUGUCGAGAACUCCUCGCUAGGCGUGAGCGUGAGUCUGGAGAGGUUCUCGACACAGCGCCUACGGGUACGCGCACUGUGCGCUGCACCUGGUUCCUAUCUCGUCGGGUCGGCUUUCACUGUUACCGUCACCACCAAUACCCCUACAGCCGGCAUCGAUGGCCGCCGCCCCGCCACGCUCUUCGCUAACAACGCGUCGCUCUUGGUCGUUCGUCAAACUGCUUAGCCGUAGUGUCUUAUUUGUUUUGUUAAUAUGUAUACUAAAAUAAAGAUUUUUUAU